UAGAGUGACGUCACGCGGGGGUUGGCCUCAAGUGGAGUGACGUCACGCGCGGGACACAUUCUUGGAUUAUUUUCGUCAUAAUUUCGGGCCCCUUUAUCACACAUGCUACAGGCCCCGCACUAGCUUAGUCCGGCGCUGCUCGACCCCACCUUUGGGGCUUCCCGAGACACCACCCCCCGCCCCACCCCCCCCGGAGUGGUCGACUUUUUGGGGGCGUUUUUAACAAACGACCGCCAACCACGGAGGCGGUGCCUCCGGAACGUUUCCCGUGACGUUUCGCGCGCGGCGAUGAUGUGCCCGCCACCAAUGACGUCAUGUAACCCGGUCCUCGUCGACGCCGGAUGCCACGUGCUUGCUCGGUGGACGGAGCGCGUGGCUUGAGCGGUCGGAGUCUCCACGGCUAGGCCGAGUUCCAACUCCCGGCGAUUUGGGGGGGGGGGGUUUCUUCUCGGUCGGAUUUGUCUGGAAGCGACCCCUCGUCUCCUCUACCCUCCCCCAACUCCCCAUCCCACUCUCAUCAUGAAUCCGAUGAUAGCCGAAGUGAGCGUGCAGGACCUGUGCGAUUGGUUCACCAUCGACAAGAAGCCGCAGAACAUUCGAGUGCUGCCGGAGAAAGCUACGGCCAGAAAUGGAGGACUGUGGUCUGCAGCGCGGCCCCAGCCGUCAACUGAGGAGCCUCGGCAAUUGGCUGGACGGCGGCGGCAGCAGCAGGAGCUUAAGCUGUUGGGGGAGCAGGGCUGCAAUCAAGACUACGUGCAGGAUUUCUAUCAGCACCAGGCACACGAGUACAUCCAGCAGCAGCAGCAGCAGAGCGAACAGGAGGUGUACGAGCAGAGCGAGUGCGGCUCUGAGUCCCUCGCCGAGCUGACCGAGUCGGUCACGACAUUGGACAGCAUUUACGAUCUGGAGCUGGAGAGCUUGGAAGCGAGCUCUGCUUUCACGGAGUCUCAGGCGGGCCGCGUGGUGGGUUGCGACGUCUACCGCUUCUACAACUUCCAGCACACGUACGACGUGGAGCUGCCCAUCGCCAAGCACCGCGAGAAGAUCUUGCAGAUGAUCGAGAGCAACCAGGUGCUGGUGGUGCAGGGCUCGACGGGCAGUGGCAAGACGACACAGAUUCCGCAGUACGUGCUGGACCAGCACGCGCAGCUCGGCACGCACUGCAACAUCGUGGUGACGCAGCCGCGCAAGCUGGCGGCCCGCAGCAUCGCCGCGUGGGUCAGCCGAAGCCGCAACUGGGAGCUCGGAAGCAUCGUCGGUUACCAGGUGGGCCUUGACAAAAUGGCCACCGACGACACUCGACUCGUCUACAUGACGACGGGCAUCCUGCUGCGCAAGUUUAUCGCCGAAAAAUCCAUGAUGGAGUUCACGCAUGUCUUCAUCGACGAGGUUCAUGAAAGGGACCAGGAAACGGAUUUCCUCCUCCUGCUUGUGAGAAAACUUCUCCGAACAAAUUCGAGAACCGUGAAGGUGAUCCUCAUGUCAGCCACCAUCGACUGCCAGGAGUUUGCGUCAUACUUCUCCAUGCCGCUGAUGGAUCGGAUGCAGCCGGCGCCCAUCAUCUUUGUGCCAGACCAAGUCCACGAGGUGCAGGUCCACUACCUGGAGGACAUGCCCAUCUCUCUCAGCGAGGCGGUCAUCUUCGACCUGUGCAUCCCGAGCAUCGCUCGUGAGAGCUACGCCAUCACAGAGAAGCUCAUCAGGAGCUUUUAUGACAUGGAGGCAUACAAGCACCUGCAGACUGGCGUUCAGGAGCUUGGCAGCGUGCUCGUGUUCUUGCCAGGUUACGGAGAAAUCACCGAGAUGAUGGAGUGGCUGAGCGUCAACAUGACCAGCCUGAAGCUGCUGCCGCUACACUCAUCACUCACUCCGCAAGAACAGAAAAUGGUCUUUGACCCGGUGCAGCGUGGAUUGCGCAAGGUCAUCCUUUCAACCAACAUUGCUGAAAGUUCGAUAACUGUACCUGACAUAAAAUACGUGAUCGAUUACUGCCUGGCCCGAGAGAUGGUGUGCGAGACCGGCACCAACUACCAGAGCUUGCGUCUCAUGUGGGCUUCCAAGGUCAACUGUGACCAGCGGAAAGGGCGUGCCGGUCGCACCUCAAGCGGACACUGCUACAGAAUCGUGACCAAGGAUUUCUGGAAGAAUAGCAUUCCCGAUUACUCCAUCCCAGAAAUGCUGCGCUGCCCACUGGAGAGCACGGUGCUCAAGGUGAAGCAGCUGGACCUGGGCGAGCCCAAGGCGAUGCUGGCGCUGGCGUUGACUCCGCCAAACCUCUCCGACAUCAAGCGCACGGUGCUGCUGCUCAAAGAGGUCGGCGCCCUCACCAUCACGAUGGCGGACGGCGGGCUGAACUCGCACGACGGCGAGCUCACCACGCUGGGCCGCGUCCUCGCGUCGCUGCCCAUGGACCUGCGCCUGGGCAAGCUGCUCGUGCUGGGGCACGUGUUCGGCUGCUUCUACGAGUGCCUUAUCAUCGCCGCGUCGCUGUCCCUGCAGAGCACGUUCCUCACGCCCUUCAACGAGAUGCUGAAAUCCUUCCGGCACAAGCUCGCCUGGUCCGAUGGCUCCCACAGCGACUGCUUGGCCGCAGUUAACGCUUACAAGGAAUGGAAGCAUUGCAAGGAGAGUGGAAAAUUUAGGACUCACAAGGUGGAGAAGAAGUGGGGGUUGGAGAAGAUGAUCAUCGUGCGCCGGAUGCACGAGGUGGACGAGCUGAUGGAGGAAAUAAUGAAGCGGCUGUUAAAAUUCAACAUCCGUUUGGACAAACUUGAUGGCAUGGAGCCGCCCGACAAAUACGACCCGUUUGUCCUGAAGGUGGUGUUGGCCGGAGCCUUUUACCCCUUCUACUUCGGCUGCUGCUCCAUUAACGAGGCCAUCGCUGCCAAGGACAUGAACCUUCAUGACCCCAAGACCACGGUCAAGCUGUGGAACAUGCCUCCCAAGGGCCAGUGCUACACCCAGCAGCUCAGCGCCGCCCUGGGGGAUUGUGGCCGUGGAAAAGCAAUCUACUUUGACGGCACAAGGGUGUUCAUGGAAUUUCAGCGAGACCCGGAGGAGCACACUGCGAGCGUGCUGCGGGCCGUGUACCUGGCUCUCAAGAUGAGCCAGCUGCGCAUCCCAAUCCGGCUGAAGCUGCUGCACAUGGAGGACAAUGACAUGGACCUCCAGGAGGGCACGAGGAAGAAUCCCGCCACCGGCCUCAAUACGAACAGGUUCUGCUGCGACAUACAGAACCAGAAGCUGAUGGAGAAGACCCAGACGCUGGCGGGGUUUUGGCUCAUGGUCUUCAUCACAGAGGUGCUGGACGUGGGCCACUUCUUCGCGCAGAAGGUGGACGACAACUCGAAAGAGGUGCAGCACCUCGCCGAGCGGAUCGGGGAGCGGCCCAAGCGGCCGCUGAUGGCGCCGCCAUCCCCGGGCGACCUCUGCCUCUCGCCGUACCCGGACGAGAAUAGCCAGGAGCUGUACCGUGCCCGCGUCAUGCGCGUGCCCAGCAGCCAUACCGUCGAGGUGUUUUUUGUGGACUUUGGAAACACGAGGAAUAUCCCACUGCAGGACCUCAAGGAACUUCCCCAGGACCUGAAGGAUAUGCCUUUCCAGGCCAUGGAGUGCAUGCUGUGCGAGGUGCGGCCUUCGGCCCUGUCGCGCAUCGCCGCCGGGGGCAGCUGGAGCGCCGACGCUCGUAGCUGGUUCAGCCAACAGACGCUGGAGAAGAAGUUCUUCAUGCAGGUUUUCUCCAUGGAGCACGGCGUGCUGCGCGUGAGGCUCUCCGGGAGCAGGCCGUUGGAGGGGGCGGCGUCCGGCUCCGCGGUGCCCAGCCAGCCGGCGGACGUGGGGAGGAUGAUGGUGGAGCUGGGGUUUGCCGAGCCCGCCGAGGAGGCCUUCGAGUCGAAGCAAAACCACGAAUUGCUGGAUGGCAAGUUCCCCGUCACCGUCAGCAACGCCCGGGCCUACCCGGAGGUGGCGGCGCGACCGAUGGUGGACGGCGUGGACAACUUCUCGAUGCUCUCCGUGUCGGCGUCUAGCCUUCAUCGCGAGCUGCAAGGGCCGACAAGUUCUUACGAGAUGAGAUUCUGCAGCAUGACCAACAUGGGCCGACUGAGGUCGGUGCGCGUGGGGAACAUGAGCGUCAACUCCGUGGCCGUCAACGACGAGCCGCAGGAUUCUCACGAUCGGCUCCUGGUUGCCGCCUCCGUCAAGGUCAACCAAUCGGGGUCGACUAUCCUGCUGCGAGACACGACGCUGAUGCCGUCGAUCCACGGCCUGCCGGCCAUUUUGUGCCUGAUCUUCACGCCCGUCAUGGAGUUGAGACGGGACUACAGCAAGUCACGCUACACGGGGGCUCUGUGUGGCCUGGGCUGGGACCCCCAGACGGGAGAGGCCAUUUUCACGGACCAUGACAUGGAGAUCACCUUCGACACUUCCUUCGACAUGGACGACAUCAUCAUGAUCAACUCGCUGCGCAUGGCCAUCAACGUGAUGAUGGCGGAGGACGAGGUGACAGCGCAGUGGAGCCAGGUGGCGGUUCGCCGCCUUCAGCAACGCACACGCAGCCGGCUGCUCGAUCUCUUCUUCAAUAAGCACUCGAGGAAGCCGAUGGAGCCGUUCUUGUACAACUCGCCGUACCGCUGGAAUCAGAUCCCUCCGGACGAGCUGUUGCCGUACAGCGACGAAGACGAGAGCGGCAAAUGCCAGCUGUACCAGCUGCACAAGUCGGUGCUGCUGAACGUCCGCUGCCCCAGCAACGAUGGCGAGCCGCGCUAGGGAGGAGAGAGCGGCGCGUGUGGCUUUCACGCUCGCACGCGCUUGCCCCGGCGAGUGUGUAGCGUGGACAGGUCGGGUGGUUGCGCGCGUGCGGACUCGCUCGCCGUUGCGCCCACCGUCGCCACUGCAGCGAAGCGCCGAUAAUUAUAAAUCCGGAUUGCCGAUUCGCCAGGCCCGUUCUCUCGCUCGUGGUCUGAAAAAACAAAAAAAAUCCUAACCGGGGUCACCUUUACGUCGUGUCGUUUCGCGCAAAUUGCACCUCGCAAUUGGUGAGGAAUCGCAGACAAAGACGGAAAAUGUUUUCAGCCAGUGCGUGUUGAUACAUGUGGGAGGAAAGCAAAGUGUCCGGAAAGAAAAAAAAACACAUGCAUGUGAGGGUGCUGUGCCACAUUCUGUGUUGCACCUCUAUGCCCAAGGGAAGACAAUUUUCACAACAUUUGUCUGAUCCAGCAAACCCUCCUCCCUGCCUCUUCAGUAUUGGAUUACAGACCACGUGCUUAGCGUGACUUCCUCAUGCAGCACCAUCUCCCCUCACCCAACGAUCUCCCCGCGCCCAACUACGCGCACGGCAACCCGAAGUCCACAGCGUAAAGGAUGAAAAGUGUUUCAUUUCCGAUACAUUUAAAGCGUUAUAUUAUUACAAACAGUGUUACAUAUCACGACAACUUCGUCGUUUUUCUCAGGAAAAUUCAAGUUGAACGUCCGUUCUACUUGAUAGAAAAAAUAUAAUUUUUUUUGAAGUCAGUUUUGAGAUGUGCAGAUUUGACGAUACCUUAAAUUGUGUUGUAAGCGCACGAGGAUUUGUUUUAUUUAUUAAUCGAGCAAUCUCGGGGUUGGGGAAGCGUUGGCGUAACGGUUCGCAGACCGCGCGGUGAACCCAGCAGCCGGAGUUCGAUUCACGGCCACAGCAAUCUGAAUCCCAGUACCUGGGCCUCCCUUCACCAACCCGCACUGACCGGCAUGGUGAAGUAUGUUCAGACGAUCCCCGCGACCGACCGAGGUUAAGCGGAGGAGGGUUGGCAAAUGCUGUGCUCCGGCUAGUUUGAUUUACCAGGGGCUCUACGCGAUUACAUUGUCAGUUUAAUCUUAAGAGGCAGGAAAAACAUUUCGACCUUUUCUUGUUCCUGUUGUCAUUUCUGGAUUCCUUGACACGCGUGACUCCUUUGUCCAUCAAGAAUGUUGUUGGACGUCUUCGUCCGCGUGCGCAGAACCUACGGCGCUUGUCAACGCGCGUCUCGCUGUUGCCGCUGCUGGUGCCGCCGUUGUUGCAUGAAGUGUUCCGCACGUUUUCCUUGGGAGAUAAUAUUAGUUUUACAUCUUGGCGCCUUUUACUGUUUGACCCUCGGAAGGUAUUUGUGCCGCGUUCAGUGACGAGGUUCGUCGGUUUCACACUGUGUCAUCUUUGCGCACCGUGACCCCGACCCACGUGCUGCCGCCAAGCCAAAUCACAUCCGGGUAACAAAGCAACGACAACAAAAACAAAAAUCUUCGGAACGUGUUUGUCUCCAUCUUGCUGCAGAGAAUCGCAUAGCUAUCAACCCACACGGUUUACCCGUAUUCUCGUACAGGGAAAUUGAGUUUUCAGGGUCCAUACGACGUACGGACGUUUCAAGACGGGCUUCGUAGGAUGAACGUUUGAGAUUUAUAAGGGGCACGGGGUGACCAAUAAGGUCUGAAUUGGUCUGUAAUAAGGUUAGGGCACCGAUGAGGGUUUGACAGGUAUGGGACCGUCAGCUCGGUCGUGUGCGUGCGAUCACUUUACACGCGCACACACACACAGCCUGUCCACCUUUAUUCCCACGUGCGCUUACGGGAAUCACCCAACCACCUUACCCCCCCCCCCUCCCUGCAAUACCAGCGACGGGGUGAUGAUAUGUUGUUGUUUUUUUCCCACUGGGUUGUUUUCUUGUCUGCACGGUUAGCCCUUGCUGCGAAACUCCGUGCGGCGAAAUGUUGAAAUUAUUGAACGGCGUUCGCAUAAAUUCGCACCGGAAUAAAGACGUCGAGAAACGCGCGAUCGUCGUUCUCACAAGU